AUGCUCUCGCGGCUUGGGAGCGAGCCAUUAGACAACCUUGAUUCACCAUGUCAUGAUCCUACACUGUCCUCUCCUUCCAUAACCGCCUCGGCCGCUACGAAAAGGCGCUACUCCAAAGUGUGGCACUAUACACCCGUCGGCCGCAACGAGGUUACUCUCAAUGCGAAGGGGAAGUCAAUAUGGCGCUGCAAGUACUGCGCAAAGGAGUAUCUCGAGUCUGGUGGAACAACUGUUAUUUCAACUCAUUUAAAGGAUCGGCAUAAUAUCGAUAUAUCUUCUACCCAAGAAACCCGAACUGCAUUGAUGCAAGCCACAAUCGUCGACGCCUUCGAAAAGGCCCAUCAAACCACCGACUAUAAACGCCGCUGUCUAUCCACGAUUGCAACUCACGAUGUAGACCCCGCCGUCCUCGAACAACUAUACGUACGGUGGAUCACGACCUGCAGCGUCUCUUUUCGUAUGGCAAAGCAAGCAGAAUUCAGGGCCUUACUUUGCUUCCUGAAUCCAGCGAUCGACAACUGGCUGCCAAACUCUCCUUCAACUAUACAUCCAGUCGCUCUCUCGAAAGUACACUUCACAGUUGAUCUCUGGACUUCGCCUAAUGCCCUUGCGUUUCUUGGCAUUGUUGCACACUAUACAUCCGAAUCUGGCCAGUUAGAAUACUCCGUUCUGGCUUUAAGAGAACUCGACGGCAAGCACUCGGGCCCAAAUAUGGCAGACUGUGUUAUGGAAAUUAUCAACGACUAUGGAAUUGCCUCCAAAGUGGGCUAUUUCAUGAUGGACAAUGCAGACAACAACGGUACAAUGAUGAAGUAUCAGAUUGUCUACAAUGCGGAACACCACCGCCUGCGCUGCAACGGCCAUAUCAUAAACCUAGCCGCUCAGUCCUUUCUCUUUCAGACCAACGAUGAAUCUCUUGCAGAUGAGAAUAAUACGAGCGCCUUGACAACGCCCACGGAACUCGAGAUGGAGCAAUGGCGACGCAAGGGACCUCUUGGGGAACUACAUAAUAUCGUGGCAUAUAUCCAGCGGAGCCCACAACGCUUGGCCAAUUUCAGAGAGCUCAGUGGCGGCCGCAACCUCGUACGGGACAACUCUACUCGCUGGAACUCUUGGUAUGCGAUGAUCCGUACUGCAACGAAGCUCAAGACUGCGAUCAACCUCUUUUGCCACCAGUAUCAAGAGAACAGCGACGACCUGUUGUCGGAAAAGGACUGGCAAGAAUUGCAAAAGCUCCAGGACUUCCUGUUGUUCUUCUAUGAUGCCACAACAGGGACAGAAGGUCGCAAUGCAACCAUUGACAGAGUAUUGCCGACAAUGGACUUCCUCCUUGAGCAGUUCGAGACUGCAAAGGAAAAAUAUGCGAAUGACCCGUUCAUGAGUCCUUGUUGCAACUCCGGCUGGGCCAAGCUGGAUAAGUAUUACAGCUUGACGGACAGAUCGCCGGUCUAUAUUGCAGCACUAGUAUUAUCUCCACAGUGGAAGUGGGACUAUAUUGACAACAAUUGGCCUUCAGACUGGUGGGAACCUUGUCGGAAACAAAUGUUGGAUUUCUGGACCAAAGAAUAUAAAUCCACUGCAGUCACAGUCCCUACUCAGACGUCAGAAGCCGGUAAUGAGGUCAAGAACUCCUUUCACAAGUGGGCGCAGCAGAGGAAAGGGAGCAGCCUCGGUCAGGACGAGUAUACAAAGUAUCUUCUUGCUCCAAUAGUACCAGAAGUGACGGAUCCUCGAUCCUGGUGGCUUGAGCCUACUCAGAGGAAGUCUUACCCGGCUCUAUCUAUUAUGGCUUUAGAUGUAUUGUCCAUUCCGGUAAUGUCGGCGGAGCCAGAACGCCUGUUUUCGGGUACAAAGAUCACUAUUACAGACCGUAGGAAUCGCAUGGGCAUUGAAAGUAUUGAGGCGACGGAAUGCCUCAAAUCAUGGCUUGGCAAAGGCAGCAGGGUGGCCUUUGCCGACGACCUGGAUGCAGGCGGAGAGAUUCCACUAUAA